AUGGAAUUCUACCAGAAGCCAAGAGGUCGAUCGACGAGGCUUAUUGUUAGCAUUCGUUCAGGUAGUUCUUUUCCAACCAUCUGAAAGCGCGUUUCGUAGCGUACGAGAACAGGUAAAUUUCGCUUCUUCAAGUUUUUUAAAUAUUCUUCGAUUUAAAUGUUCUUAAGUUUGUCUGCGAAGAUAUCGAUUCGACGUUCUGAAUAUAUAUUUGUCAUCUCGUCUUUUCCUUUCCUUUGUCGAAUUUUUGAAAAUAUACAAUACUUCAAAACAGAUAGAGUUCUGUGUUUCGGCUGUGUUUCGCCAAGCAACGAGUGUAAUCUUCAAUCUGUUGUUUCAAAACAGCAGGAUGGCGGACGAGACGAAAGCAACGAAGAAACGGGAAAUGAAAUGGGCGGCCAUUUUAUGGUACAUUUAUAUACACGUUCUUGGAGUGUACGCUAUCUGGUUUUUGUUCACCUCGGCUAAAUGGUUGACUGUGAUCUACACGUUGUUCAUAACGAUUCUUGGCUGCCUCGGAGUGACAGCAGGAGCUCAUAGAUUAUGGGCUCACAGUACGUACGAAGCCACAGGAUUUCUCAGGCUUUUCCUCAUGCUGUGUCACACCCUGGCAGGAGUGGGUUCAAUACACGACUGGGCAUUAUAUCACAGGCUUCAUCAUAAAUAUUACGGGACCGAUAAGGACCCUUACAACCACAAGAAAGGAUUCUUUUACAGUCAUUACGUAGGUAAUGCAUUGUCACCGAGCAUGGACUAUGAUGAGAUGAAGUGUGAGAUCGACACGCGUGACUUGGACCAAGAUGGCUACGUCUGGUUGCAAAAGAAAUUCUACUGGCCACUGUUCUUAAUAUUUGGACUGAUACUGCCAUUGAACGCCCCGUUGGAAUAUUGGGAUGAAUCGAUGACCGAGACAAUACUGAUCACAGGAGUGCUACGAUUCGCUAUCACGGUGAACGUGUCUUGGCUGGUGAACAGCGCACGUUUGGUCUGGAGCAUGGAAGGGAAAAAGUUAAUAGAAAUUUCAGAUACCUUUAACUUAUUGUACAAACUGUUCUUCAAAAUGCCUAAGAGCCAUGGCACCGUCAUGAUUAACUACGACGGGAUUAACGUCGAAUAAAAUGUCAAACUAUAACGCGUUCGAUUGAAAUUACAAAAUACAAAGAACUGUCCGAAGAAAUCGUUUCAUUACAAUUGUUUAAAAAUUCGUUGAAUUCGUAAAGCGCGUAACGUAAUUUAACGUUGCGUUUCACAUUCCAUCUCCACUGCUCGACAAAUCGUUCCCCUAAUUCGUUUCCUAACAUUUCGAAAUGCCACUCGCCGUUUCAGAUCUAACAAGCUCGACGAGCUCUUGCAUCAAAGUUGAAAAUUACAGAAAAGAAAAAAAAAGCUAUCCGCCGCCAAUUGAAAAGGCAAAAUUUAUAUCAUAGAUUUUCGCAGGAAAAAUGGAAAGGAAACUCACUUGAUCUACUCACGAUUUCAGAAUGUCACCAUACAACGUCAGCAUAUUCUUUCUGGCCGAGUCAUUUUGGCCGGUCUAUCAUUACACUAUCCCGUGGGACUGGAGAUCCGGUGAAUUCGGCUCGUACGCGUCCGGCUUCACUACGUUCUUCAUCAAAAUGUGGCACGAGCUCGGUCUCGUUGAUUUGCCGCAAACAACCGGCACCGAAGAUAUCAGAACUAUGCUGCACGAAGUGAGCAAGAAGGAAAUGACGUUUGCCAACGGUCUUGAUAAACUGAAAGGAAAGUCUAUGUACAAAGCGAAGGAAGCGAGGCUGAUAGUUAAACAUUGAGUUUAGAAACACGUGUCUGCCGGACACUUGUGUCAAACUGAGAAUGAUCGAUUUCAUUAUUCUUUCGCAACACGCGAUUACGCGCUUUCAUCGUCGUUCUUCGUCAACGUCAUGUGUCGAUAAAUAAAUUACUCUCGUCGAUGAACGUGAAUCUCCGUUGUACACUGACUAAUAAUAAUCUUUACAACAAUGGAAAAUUACGUGUUCAAAUGAAACCCCACGAACCUUCGUCAAAUCAAACUUCGCCCAAACUAUUUGCUUAUUGUUUUUAUUUAUUUUAGAAAAUAACCAGUUCAUAGAAUCAUUUAGCGUUUUGACUUCAAACUGCGAGACUGUCAAGCGCUGUCAGUGUCAAAAGGAAUGAUACGAAACGAUGACAACAGCCUUCGAUCACGAAAUUACGAUUUAAUAAGAUUAGCAAUGAAUUCUCCACGUUUGGAAUUUAAUCGCGCAAAGGUAGAAAAACUAGGGGAAAGAUGAGAAACUAAACGAUCACACGCUUCGCCUGGUCGAAAUGAAACAACUUCCACUUACAUUAGUAUUUGUUCAACGGAGAAAAGUGAGAAAAGAGAACAAGAGUUAUCGGCAUGCUACGAAUUGGAAUUGGAAAUCAAUCGCUUCCUGCUGGUCUGGUAACAAAACAACAUAUAUUUGUCUCUUAAAAUCUGGUAACAUCACACAUAUUUAUUCAACGUUAAGAUUAAAUCUUACGGAGGUAAUCUUAGAUAGUUCUUUGCUCAGUUUACGUUCUGCUAACGCACAUAUUUGCAUGUCUCAUGAAAGAGUUUUUCCAACGUACCCGUACACGAGUUUUACCUUUUUAUACACAUAGAAACUAAACACAGACACGUAGAAACAACCAGAGGGCCAUAUCUCAUCUCAUGAAAAAUACUACCAUACACUCCCUUUGUAAAUAUCGAAGCGAUGCUUGUCAAGCAUCACAUUAUCUUUCAUACUCAAUUAAAUUCCUCGCCUUUUUUUCGAGUUGGCAAUUAAGUUUGCAUAAUAUGUAUAUGCAGAUACGCCUUCGUUCCGUCAUCGUAACGUAAAACCACACAGCUACCAUUACAGCUUUUACUCGCAAGUGCACUUUUGGAAAACCAGAGGCAUGAAAGGGAAUGAAAAAGUAAGGAUUGUUCAGAGGCACGCUGAUACAGUGAUGACCAAUUUCAUAGGGAAUAUUCUACAGAAGUACGAGAGACUGACGAGCUUGAUUGAAAUUUUGUUUCGCCCAAAGAUAAGGCUUCUUCGAGACUCUUCCAAAACAUUCGUUUAACAAAAGGAUUCGCCUGAGAAGUUCGAUGAGCGUGAGAAAAAGCGUUUUCUUUCAAUAAUUUAACAAUAAAUUUUAAGGAUAAUGAAGAGAAAUCCUUGCCUGGGAGGUGGAUAAAAUUAUUAUCGGGGAUGGAAAACAUUUCGUCGAAAGCGACGAAUAUCGGUAUCAACGAUGUCGAAAACCGUGAACAGGGAAGUCAGUUACAUUAAGCGUACAAUUUUUUUUGUUUUCUUUUCUUUUU